UUUUAGUAGAUCAAAUUUUGAAAAUUAGUUUUUUACACUAAAUUCCAAUUUAAAAUGUAUAUAAUAAAAUGGGUUUUGACUUAGAGCGCAUUUGUUGUCUACCACCAUCUAGCAGUUCGUCUAGUACAACCAAAAUUUUUUGCAACGAUAAUUACAACAAAUGCAGUCAAUGCUGUUGCUAUCCGUGCUGUAGGCAAUCCUUAUUGAAUGAUCAUACCUAUUCACUACUAAAACGGAUUUGCCAUAAGAUAAUAAAAAGCUAUAACCGACAGCAGUGCCGUGAAAAGUAUACCGUAUUUAAUGGAGGUUACAGCAUCAAUGGUCGAUGCUCUGACGGUCAAAAAUACGACCCUUAUUCUAAAAACCAUUAUGGUGACGGUGAAGGAGGGUACGGCAGGGAUUCACAAAGAGGAAGAGGAAGCUUGGAUUUGAAGGCACAAGGUAGGAAUCCAUCUAAUAAAAAAGGCGGCAAGGGUGAUGAAUUCGGAUCUCAAAAUAAUGCAUCCAAAAACGGAGAUCCAAAAGGGGAAGGCAAAAUGAACUUGGCUGCAUUGUCGAGAGGGGAGAAAGAUUCGAAAGGUAAAAAAGGAGAUGCUGAUGAUAGUGACCCAUCAAAAAAGUCGAAAAAGGAAGGCAAAGGAGGGGAUGGUAAAAGUGGUGGAAGAGACGCGGAUGAUAGUGAACCUGCUAAGAAAUCGAAAAAGGAUGGUAAAGGAGGUGAUGGUAAAGGUAGUGGAAGAGAUGCCGAUGAAAGAGAUACUUCAAAUAAAUCAAAAAGGGCAAGUAAAGGAGCUGAUGGUAAGGGUGGUGGAAAAAAUACCGACGAUAGCGAUCCCUCAAAUAAAUCCAAGAAAGAUGGCAAAGAAACUGAUGGUAAGGGUGGUGGAAAAGAUGCCGAUGACAGCGAUCCUUCGAAGAAAUCAAAGAGGGCAAGUAAAGGAGGUGAUGGUAAAGGAGGUGGAAAGGAUGCUGAUGACAGCGAUCCUUUAAAGAAAUCUAAAAAGGAUGGGAAAGGUGCGGAAGGUAAGGGUGGUGGAAAAGAUGCCGAUAGUAUCGAUCCAUCGAAGAAAUCCGCGAAGGAUGGCAAAGGGGCUGAUGGUAAAGGUGGCGGAAAAGAUGCCGAUGAUAGCGAUCCUUCAAAAACAUCAAAAAAAGGUCAAGGAAGUGGUGGAAAAGACGAUAAACUUAACGAAUCUGGAAAAGAAGGCAAGUCUAAAGGAGAUACGAAAGGUUCAAUAACAGUGGAUGGUAUUACAAAUAAAGAGAAGAAAAGUAAAGAGAGUUCAAGAGAUAGUACAAUAAAGAAAGGAAAGGGAACGUCAGCAGACGAACAGGAUAUUAAUACAAAAUUUGAAAGGGGGAAAAAGGGAAAGGAUGAUACUGGGCGAGCAUCUCAAGCUGAUAAGAGAGAUAGCAGAGGAGAUGGAAAUGAACGUGGUCGGGGAUCAAGGAGAUCGGGUGAAAAAUCCAAAUUGUCUAGGAAUGGCAGCAGAUUGCGACUCCGAAAAGGUAACAUGGGAUCGAAAUUCACGCACAAGGGCGGAAGAUUUGGCAAACCAGACUGUUCUCAUAGACAAAGUCGCUAUGAUGAAGUUCGAGCCUGUGAUUUCCUUCGUGUACACUUGGAAAAGCGUGACCUCUCAAGAUGUUUCACAUGCAAUCGGAAUGCUUGUUGCGAUUCGUGUUCACCAUGCAUGCCGUGCUAACCUGUUAUGUAUUGAGGAAUAUUGGAUAGGGAUUGGUGCCUAAGAGCCGAAAACGUGUUCUACGUACAUCAGCUGAAAAAAGAAACCUUUAAUGAAUUCCCAAUAAUAUUGUUAGCUUUAAGGAGCUGUGGACUUUUUAUUAUUUCAUGAGGGUAUUAUCCAAAAGUGUUUUGACUCAGCACGAAUACUUAGCAUCAUAAAAUAAAGAUAAAGUAUCAACUAUUGAGUUGGUACUGACCCAUCCGUCUGAUUCCC